AAUAGACUCGAUAGAAAAGCUAAAACGUCAAUUUCAUUAAUUUUCACUGCUUUGAGUGAGCUAUAUUUAUUUUCACAUUGUGAAAAUAAGAAUUAUUGUGUUAUAUUGUUAAAAGAACUGUUCACAAACAUAAAGUAAGAAAUAGUAAUGGAUUGUCUUGUUGGGUACGGUAGCGAUGACGAUAAUGAAUCUGAGCGAUAUGGAAGCCAACAACCAUCGAAUGAUAUUAUAGGUGGGAGCUGGCGGCUCCGGAGGUCGCCGUCGGGACGACGAUACCAACUACGAUGACGUCAACAUGGACAUGAGCGAGGACUCGCAGGGCGCUGAGUCGGAGCCCGAGCUGCCUCAGGCGGAACCCACGCCAUCCACACAGACGUCUAGGGAUGGACGUAGAGGAUCAAAUGACAGUCGCGAACGUGAUCGCGAUCGUGUUGACCGCGAACGUGAGCGCGCGGAUCGCGAGUUCGACCGGCGGGAGCGGCGCCGCGAGUCACCGCCCCGCGCCCGGCCUGAACGCGGCGACCGCGCUGAGCGCCCCGACCGCGAGAAGGAGCGACGCUCGCCGCGCAGGGAUGACAGGUACAGGAUGGAUCGCGAACGUGACCGCAUUCGAACACACGAGGGUCGGCGCGGCUUGCUGGGGGACCGGCCGGAUGACAGGGAAAAGGUCCCUGCCCUCAUGGACCUCAAACCUUUCAGCGGAGAAAUGCCACCAGACAUGAACAGGAAGUCCCAAGAUGCAAGAGAUGCUGUGUCACCCAGAUUCGUAGACCGCGAUCGUCGUGAGCGCGAGAGGGACAGAGAACGCGAGCGAGACAGGGACCGUCACGGUCGACGCUCCGAGGAGAAAAGGUCAUCUAGUCACCGUCAUGACCGUCGCGACAGAUCCCGCUCCAAGUCCCGCGGAGCGCAGUACCCGCCGCCGGGACACUCCUCCAGCUCCUCAGAGCGAAGGUCAUCGCCACCUUCCGGUGACUACCGACCUUCAUCAUACAAAGUCAACAAGAAACUUGAAGUUAUGGAGAAAAUGGGUCUUCAGAUCAAGACUCCGGAUGGGUCGAUGGCCACCGCCCAGCAGUUGCGCGCGGCUGCCAGCGAGGUGCCCGCGCAGGGCUCACACCUACCCUCCUACUACAACCCCAGCGCUGUCAAUGCCAACAAGAUUAUGGAUCAGGUACAGAAGCGUAAGUUGCUCUGGUCUAACAAGAAUAAAUCUGAGGCGGAGGAAGCGGCCAAGUGGAGUGGCACUCGCUUCGCACAGGACGCCGAUGGCAAGCAAGUGUCCAAGUUUAUGAGGCUCAUGGGCAUUAAGGAACCAGGAGCUGUAAAGACCGAAACUCCAGACAAGACAGUAGAUCCAAUCAAGAAGCAAGAAGAGCUCUUCCAGGCCAUGCAGGCACAGUACGAGGUGGCCAGAGCGACGACCCACACCAUGCGGGGCGUGGGCCUCGGCUUCCAACGCGGACAGUACUAAAACACGGUCCUGAAGCACAGUGCCUAGUGUUGUGUGUGUCAGAGCUACGAACUACAGCUAGCUCAAGUCGGAACUUCGGGAUAAAUCGGUAGUUGUGCUACUGAGUGUACGGCAGUCGAGAAAGGGUGUGAAAUGCUUGUGUUGCUGUGUGAAACAUGUGUUGUUAAUACUUGUCAAUUGUCAGGGUUUGAAUUGUACAAACAAUUUAAAAAAUAACCAAAUUUUACUUUGUCAUGUAAGAGGCCUUUAAAGAUAACUUUGUUUUGACUGUGUGUAACAUAAAUUUUAGAGAUUUAUAUAAUUUUUUAAUAACUUUCAAUGCUAUUGUUCACACCUUUGCUCGCAAGCACUGCCAUAAACUGAAUAUCAGAGAAAUUUGUGUGUUUAUAUCUUGUGAAUGAUAAUAACAUUUAAAUGUCUAUUAAUCAUUGUAGGAAGUUUGGCUGGAGGAAUCAGAAAAGGAUGUAGGUAUAGGAAGAUGUAGUGUGUAAAUUAUUUAAGGUACAUGACAGCACUUGUUAGAGAUUAGAAUGGCUACUACAAGUAGUUAGGGGAGCUUUAUAAGUAUGUAGAUUCUAUAAUCCAUAUACUUUUGGAUUGGGAUCAAAUGAUUGUAGCGACUAGCGUACAGAAAGUCUACCACAAAGUAAAUUAUACUUCCA